AUGGCAAAAUUUUGGGAUUUCGAGGCUCGUAAAUUCUUAAACGUUUCAGCGAAUUGUGAAAAGGACAUGACAGAAUAUUUGACAGCUCUAUUGGCAAAAGAAGAAUGGGCAUUAAAAAGCAAAUACAUAUGUAAUACGAUUACAUUCUUGUCCGUAGUGAUCGAUGCAACCGGAAGAUACACCUGGGGUUUGUUAUCCGGCAAUGUGUACUGGUUAGGAGCUGUGGACCAAUGUCGUGAAAUGGAGAUGAAAUUCAUCGAAUGGCGGCAAAAGAGCAAAACGAUUGAACGCGAAAGUAAUCUACCACCAUUUCUAGUCAGCAUGUCAUCCGUUACCUUCAACCUAAACGUACCAAGUUCUAAGCUUAACGAGACUUACAAAAUCAUUUUUGGACUAUGCUUACCCGAUAUUUGUGACACAAAGGACACUGAAAAGCUGUUAUACUUUGCUCAAGAUCCAUCGAGAAGUAAUUCAUCCAUGAAAAUCGUGAUUGAAAAUGUUAGGAACCUCUCGAAAGGAUACACGCUUUGGGAAGACAGAGUAUUCUAUGCUUUAUUAGUGACAUUCAUCAUAGUGGGUGUGUUGGUGAUCCUGGCUACUUUCUACGACAUUUAUCUCAGAUAUCAGGUAUUAUACGCCGAAAAAACAAACCAAAACAUGAGAAACGAAAAUGAAUCGGAAAUGAAAAGUAUGAAUAUUAAUGAAACUACUACAGUCGAAGAAAUUACGAUCGCGAAAUUAUGGUCGGUCAAGAAACAUAAUGGAACGUUGGAUAUAUAUGAUUCAGAUAGCGUACCAAAACCACUGUCGGAAGCACUGCUAUCUUUCAGCUUGCUGUUGAAUCUUUCAAAACUUUUUAGUUUCGAUGUCGGAACUGAUACUUUGGCACCUAUUCACGGAUUAAGAUUUUUAUCUAUAAUAUGGGUCAUUCUUGUUCACACUUGUUUAACCGUGAACGUACUUUCUGAGGGUAAAACGUUCAAAUCAAACGCGGAAAAUGAUUUCUUUUAUCAAACCAUCAGUAAUGGCACGUACGCUGUCGACACGUUUUUCUUUAUAAGUGGAUGUUUAGUAUCGUUUCUUUAUUUUCGUACGAUUACGAAAGAUGUUAUAAAAAAGAAGAAGGUGGUGAAGGGUAACACUGGUCAACUCUUCCAGUUCUUAGGAAUGAUAUGGUAUAGAUACUUUCGGUUGACUCCGAUUUACCUUUUAGUAAUUGGUUUGAUCGAGGUGUUUAUGAGCUGGUAUUAUAGUCACACGAUGCUCGACAUAUACACACUCGAUUAUAAAAAUUGCAGAAAAUUCUGGUGGCGAAAUGUUUUAUACAUUAAUACUUAUUUCCAUAUGGAUGAGCGAUGUAUCGUGUGGAGCUGGUAUUUAGCAAAUGAUACGCUAUUUUAUACCAUUGGGAUAAUUAUUCUUAUAAUUGCUGUAAGACACUUUCGUACUGCCAGCAUCAUGACAAUAUCCAUUCUAAUUAUAUCUUGGAUUACCACAGUGAUUAUCUCCUUAAACAUGGGCCAUGUACCGAGUAUUCAGGAUCCAUUCGCGCAUUACGAGAGCCUGUACGACAAACCCUGGUCCAGAAUCGGACCGUAUUUGUUUGGAAUGCUAACAGGAUGGUACCUUUAUAAAUCUGACUGCAAAUUGUCAGUCAGUAAAACUAUAGCCUUAGUAUAUUGGAUUCUCUCUUUCAUCAUCAUGAUAAGUAUAGUGUAUGGAUUAUACGGAACCAUGUUUGGACCAUUUAUGGCUGCUGUAUAUACCGCGUUAUCACAUUCUGGGUGGGCGAUUUCCAUAGCAUGGAUUUUAAUAGCUUGCGUCACUGGACACGGAGGUAUAGUCAAUAAAGUACUAUCCUGGAAAGGUUUAUAUCCUCUCUCUAGGUUGACUUAUUGCGCCUAUUUGAUACAUCCUGCCAUCAUGCGAGCAGUUGUGUUACGAGGAGAAGCUUCAAUGCACUUAACGCAAGGGCUUAUGGCAAUACUAUUUUUUGGAUUCGUAAUCUCAACGUACGCAGUUUCAUUAUUCCUCAGCUUGUUCUUCGAAGCUCCCAUGGUGUCUUUACUAAGAAUAGUUCAUCCUUUGAGACAAUGGAAGAAAACAAUCUAAUUGAACAACAUUAUGUAUGUUCGACAGAAACAAUCAACUUCUCACUGGUCUACUUUCUGAUUAACAACAGACACAAUAUAACUGAUUGCGAAACGGCACACAUUAUAUAAGAAACUUGGCAAAUAUAAGUCAAAAAUAAGAUUUACUUAUGCUCAAAACGUAGAAAAAUAACAAGCACUUCCUGAGUUUACAACAACUAUGUAUGUACAUACAUGUUUUCAUCAGAUUAUUAAAAAAAGCGAAUUGUAUUAAAAAUUUCGAAAGCAAUAUCCAGGAAAUUUACAAACCGGAGGAAGAAUUUCAAGGAAGACUAGUCGAGCAAUUAAAAAGCAGUCUAUACGUAUACAUGUCUGUUUGUGUAUACAUACUUGUAUAAGUGGAUUUUUUAAACUUCUCGAUUCGUUUCCAAAUACGAAUUACUUAAAAUACCGACAUUACCAUCCCAAGAUACUGUUUAAAAUUUACUAUGAACAGAUUUAAAUCUGUAUGGGAGCCGUUGGCAUCGUCUUACCAUAAGCCUUACCAUAAACGAUAUUUCAGGAAAAUGUGCAAGCAGAGAGACAGAUAAACAACAAGAGAUACGGUAUCCGAAGGUGAAGAAUUUUGUAACAGAAAAUUGAUGAUUGAUGAAACAUGGAAAUCAUUCAACAAGAAAGGUCAACCAUCGGCGGCCAAAGCCAAUUUUGGACCUU